AUGGACGAACCCUGGACAAAACAAGCCAAUGAGAUUCUACAGUACUAUUCCGUAGAUCCCGCCCGCGGGCUCUCCCCAGAUCUCGCUGCCAAACAUGCGGAACUGUAUGGCAAGAAUGAGCUGCCAGAGGAGCCAUCAACUCCCCUAUGGGAGCUCAUUCUCGAGCAGUUCAAGGACCAGCUUGUGCUCAUUCUUCUUGCCUCGGCGGUUAUCUCAUUUGUCUUGGCGCUGCUCGAGGACUCCGAGGGCGCAAGCUGGUGGAGUGCGUUCGUCGAGCCAUCGGUCAUCCUUCUUAUCCUUGUCGCAAACGCAACCGUGGGUGUGAUCCAGGAGACGAACGCGGAGAAGGCGAUUGACGCUCUCAAGGAGUACUCCCCGGACGAGGCAAAGGUGCUCCGCAAUGGUCAAAUAAGUCGCAUACAUGCUUCCGAGCUGGUUCCGGGGGAUAUUAUUUCUGUUGCAGUCGGGGACAAGGUCCCGGCGGACUGCAGACUCCUGUCCAUUUCGUCAAGUAGCUUCCGUGCAGACCAGGCCAUCCUGACCGGUGAAAGCGUCAGUGUCAACAAGUCGGUGGACGUCGUUUCGGACUCGAAGGCUGUUAAGCAGGACAUGACGAACAUACUUUUCGCUGGAACUAGUGUGGUCAGCGGUAAGGCGACAGCCAUCGUCGUCUUUACGGGCCAGCGUACGGCUAUUGGCGACAUACACAAGUCCAUCACCUCACAAAUCAGCGAGAAGACGCCGCUCAAGCGUAAGCUGGACGACUUUGGCGAUAUGCUCGCGAAGGUUAUCUCCGUGAUUUGUGUGCUCGUCUGGCUUGUCAAUUACCAGCACUUCUGGGACCCCGCCCACGGUGGUGCUCUCAAGGGUGCUGUAUAUUAUUUCAAGAUUGCCGUCGCGCUGGCUGUCGCUGCUAUCCCGGAGGGAUUGGCGGCUGUCAUCACGGCUUGUCUCGCACUCGGCACCAAGAAGAUGGCGCAGAAGAAUGCCAUCGUUAGAAACCUUCCCAGUGUCGAGACGCUUGGAUGCACCAACGUAAUUUGCUCUGACAAAACAGGUACAUUGACGACUAAUCAAAUGAGUGUAUCAAAGUUCUUUGUAAUCAAUGGCGCUACCGGCGCACCAAAAGAAUACACAGUCGAGGGGACCACAUUCGCGCCACAUGGGUCGGUCAGGUCUGCUGAUGGCAAAGUUGCCUCUGCUGAACUCAAUUCUAAGCCCAUACAACUUCUGGCUGAGGUCAGCGCGAUCUGUAACGACGCAAAAAUUGUGUACCAUACGGAAAAAGGGACGUACGCCAACGUCGGCGAACCUACGGAAGCCGCACUCAAGGUUCUCGCAGAGAAGCUGCCUUGCCCGGAUCUUGAGCUCGCAAAGUCGCUCUCCAGCUUGGACCCGUCCGUGCGGGCCAGCGCUGUUAACGACUUCUACGAACGCGCGAUUCCCAGAGUCAUGACAUUCGAGUUCUCCCGCGACCGCAAAAUGAUGUCCGUCCUCGCGCGCAAGAACGGUACCGGCAUUCUGUACGCAAAGGGCGCGCCGGAAUCCAUCCUAGAGCGCUCCACUUCCGUGCUUGUCGACGGUCAGGUCGUCCCGCUCACACCCAAGAUACGCGCGCAUAUACAGCAACAAACGGCACUUUACGGCACCCAGGGCCUCCGCACGCUCGCGCUCGCGUUCGCAGAAGGCCGUAGCGUCAACCCGGCGCACUACCCGACGGAGAACACGACGGAUUUUGCGCGCUUCGAGCGCGAGCUCACGUUCGUGUCGCUCGUCGGCAUGCUCGACCCGCCGCGUCCCGAGGUACGUGCAGCGGUUGCGAACUGCAAGGCAGCGGGCAUCCGCGUGAUCUGCAUCACAGGCGACAACAAGGGUACCGCGGAGACGAUCUGCCGGCAGGUGGGUAUCUUCGGCGAGGACGAGGACCUGACGGGCAAGAGCUACACGGGACGCGAGCUUGACGAGCUGAGCGACGAGGAGAAGCUGAAGGCAGUCAUGCGUGCGGGGUUAUUCUGUCGCACGGACCCGAGACACAAGAGCCAACUUGUCGACCUGCUGCAGAGCCAGGGCCUCGUCGUUGCUAUGACCGGAGACGGAGUCAACGAUGCCCCGGCACUGAAGAAGGCUGACAUUGGUGUGGCGAUGGGAAGUGGUACUGAUGUCGCGAAAUUGGCGGCAGACAUGGUGCUUGCAGAUUCCAACUUUGCUACCAUCGAGCUCGCCGUGGAGGAGGGUCGGCUGAUCUACAACAACACGAAGCAGUUCAUUCGCUACCUCAUCUCGUCCAACAUUGGCGAGGUCGUCAGUAUCUUCCUGACAGUCCUCCUUGGCAUGCCCGAGGCCUUGAUACCAGUCCAGCUGCUCUGGGUCAACCUCGUAACAGAUAGUCUGCCAGCGACAGCCCUCGGCUUCAACCCCCCUGAUCACAGCAUCAUGCGUGUGCCUCCACGAGACAGCCGCGAACGGCUCGUCGGCUCUUGGUUGUUUACGCGAUACAUGGUCAUUGGCAUCUACGUUGGCUGCGCAACGGUUGGUGGCUACGCAUGGUGGUUCAUGUACUACGUCGGCGGGCCCCAGAUCACGUUCUCACAGCUGUCGCAUUUCCAUCAGUGCUCGUCGCUGUUCCCUGAGAUCGGCUGCGAGAUGUUCACGAACGAGAUGGCGCAUCGCGCGACGACGAUGAGCCUCUCGAUCCUCGUCACGGUCGAGAUGUUCAACGCGAUGAACUCGCUUUCCGAGAACGAGAGCCUGCUGCGGCUGCCGGUGUGGAAGAACAUGUACCUCGUCGGCGCCAUCACACUCAGCAUGGCGAUGCACGUCGCCAUCCUGUACAUUCCUUUCUUCACGACCCUGUUUGCCAUCACCCCGCUCAACUGGGCCGAGUGGAAGGCCGUGCUGUACAUCAGCGCACCCGUCAUCCUCAUCGAUGAAGUGCUCAAAUUCAUCUCGGCAACGUUUGUUGCGCCCCCAUCAAAAGUCAAGUCGGACUAGAUGCUGAUACGCAGUAGAUAGACUACCGACUGGUCCGUUGGUGGCCAUAUUGUGUACUUAUUUUUGUGUAGACCUAUCUAUCAAAGAGGACUUUCAUACCGUC